UCCCGCGAGCACUGGUUGACGUGUCUGCGGAAGCCGGAAGUAACAGCCGGGCAGGCUUGGACGUCGGGGCAGGGGUUUUUCUUGCUAUCCCUCCGUCCUCGCCUCUGUCGCCAUGGCGGUCGUGCGGGUGGUGUUGCUUUCCGCGCUCCUGGCGGUUCUUCCGCCCUUCGCCUCGCCCUUUUACCUCCCUGGCCUGGCCCCCGUUAACUUCUGUGAAAAAUCGGCCAAGGUCUCCGAUUGCAAGUCUGCGAUAGAACUAUUUGUAAAUAGACUGGACUCUGUGGAAUCUGUCCUUCCUUACGAAUAUACUGCAUUUGAUUUUUGUCAAGCAGAGGGAGGAAAACGACCUUCUGAAAACCUUGGUCAAGUAUUGUUUGGUGAGAGGAUUGAGCCAUCCCCCUACAAGUUUAUAUUUAACGAAAAGGACUCAUGCAGACAUGUUUGUACAAAAGAAUAUGAUCUUAAUAAACCAGAACAUAGGCAAAAAUUACAUUUUCUGAAGAAGAGUAUGCUGUUAAACUAUCAGCAUCAUUGGAUUGUAGAUAAUAUGCCUGUAACAUGGUGUUAUGAGGUUGAAGAUAACCAGAAAUUUUGCAAUCCUGGAUUUCCCAUUGGUUGUUAUGUUGCAAAAGAUGGACAUCCCAGAGGUGCCUGUGUUAUAAAUUCAGAAUUCCAUGAAUCAGAUACCUUCUAUAUAUUCAAUCAUGUGGAUAUUAAAAUAUUCUAUCACACUGUGGAAAAUGAAGCACCAAGGGUGAGACUUGUAGCUGCUAAACUUGAACCAAAAAGUUUCAGGCACACAAAUAUUGACAAUCCAGACUGCUCAGGACCACCUAUGGAUAUAAGCAACACAUUUAAUGAUGGAAUUGUCAAAAUUGCUUAUACAUAUUCAGUUAGUUUUGAGGAAAAUAAAGAAAUCAGGUGGGCAUCCAGAUGGGAUUACAUUUUAGAAUCCAUGUCCCACACGCACAUACAAUGGUUUAGUAUAAUGAAUUCUCUGGUGAUUGUCCUUUUCCUCUCUGGAAUGGUAGCUAUGAUCAUGCUAAGAACGCUGCAUAAGGACAUUGCAAGAUAUAACCAGAUGGAUUCUACAGAAGAUGCUCAGGAGGAAUUUGGCUGGAAAUUGGUUCAUGGUGACAUAUUUAGACCCCCACGAAAAGGAAUGCUGCUUUCUGUGUUUCUAGGUUCUGGAACUCAGAUUUUAAUUAUGACAUUUGUUACAUUAUUCUUUGCUUGUCUGGGAUUUUUAUCGCCUGCAAAUCGGGGAGCAUUAAUGACUUGUGCGGUGGUCUUAUGGGUGCUUCUUGGAACUCCAGCAGGUUAUGUUGCUGCCAGGUUCUACAAAUCGUUUGGGGGAGAGAAAUGGAAGACAAAUGUUCUCCUGACAGCUUUCCUGUGCCCUGGCAUUGUGUUUGCAGAUUUCUUCAUCAUGAAUCUCAUUCUUUGGGGAGAAGGGUCGUCGGCAGCCAUUCCAUUUGGCACUUUGGUUGCUGUUCUUGCACUUUGGUUUUGCAUAUCAGUACCACUAACUUUCAUUGGGGCCUACUUCGGUUUUACAAAGAAUGCCAUAGAACAUCCAGUCCGUACGAAUCAGAUUCCUCGUCAGAUUCCAGAACAGUCAUUUUAUACAAAACCACUCCCCGGGAUUAUUAUGGGAGGCAUCCUGCCCUUUGGAUGCAUCUUCAUACAGCUUUUCUUCAUUCUUAAUAGCAUAUGGUCUCAUCAGAUGUAUUACAUGUUCGGCUUCUUGUUUCUGGUGUUCAUUAUUUUGGUUAUCACAUGUUCUGAGGCUACUAUUCUACUUUGCUAUUUCCAUUUAUGUGCAGAGGACUACCACUGGCAGUGGCGCUCAUUUCUUACAAGUGGUUUUACCGCUGUUUAUUUUCUAAUAUAUGCAGUGCACUACUUCUUUUCUAAGCUUCAAAUUACGGGUACAGCAAGCACCAUUUUGUACUUUGGUUACACCAUGAUAAUGGUCUUGAUCUUCUUCCUUUUUACAGGAACAAUUGGAUUUUUCGCUUGCUUUUGGUUUGUGACCAAGAUAUACAGCGUGGUCAAAGUUGAUUAAAGAUACUCAAUGUAGAAACUAUCAACCUAAUUUAAAUACAUACUUUUGGAAAAGAAUGUAAGCUUUAUUAAAAGUAUUGACUUAUGUACUUUCUGAAUGAUACAGAAUAUACAUUUUCUCUCAUUCAAACAUUUGUAUUGUAAUUUUGCAAUCUGUUUUCACUUGGUGUUCCUAAUGAAGACUGAAUAUAAAUGUUGUAUGCAUUUGUAAAUAUUGUUAUAUUGGGACUUUUAAAUUCUAAUGACUGGUUGUAAGUGCUGCCUCGCAGGAUUUAAUAAUUCUUUUGAAAGAAUAGUUGUAAAUAAGGUUUUUUAGGUUUGCUGGGUGGGGUUAGUUAUUUUUUCAAAGGAAAGAACUGAUUUCUAUCAUGCUUUUGAAGGUUGACUCAGUGUGUUGCUUUUAGUUUGAAAGUUUCUGUUUUAUAUGAAGCCAUGGCCAAAAUCCCUGUGUUUUUUCCGCCGUGAUUCCAUUGGGUUCUAGUGAUGUUGGCCUUUGAGACUGUGCGCCUCCUAAGUUCUGCAACCUAUACAAUUCACAAUAAAUGAGCUAUUUUCAGUUGAUCAUUACACAUUAUAAAUAAAUGCAUUAAAUCCUGUAAAUAGAAAUAUAUUGAUAAGUUCUAAAUAUGUAGAUUGGGUUAUGUGUUAAUUCUUAGUUCAUUUUUCUUUUUUGAGUAAAUCAUGUUACAUAAAUGUAAUAUUCUUGAACUACUUAAGAAUGACACUUCAUAACUAUACUAUAGUGUCUACUUUAAUCCACUACAUAAUUAAAGAGACUGGAUAAUAUGAUGGAAAAAAUCUGCAUAAAUGGAAACAAGAUGCAUUACCAGGUGUGUUCACCGCAGAUUUUAAUGAUACAUAUUAUGCAGAAUAGACUAUGGGUUUGUUCUUUUCAUAUACACAGACAGAACUAUUUGCUUCAAUUACAAGAGGAAAUUUAUUAGAUGAUUUAAAAAUAAUCCACAUGCAUCUCUGAAAAUUGCAGUGGAAACUUGUUUACUGUGUUGUCUGAGUUAAGCAGUUCACCUGUUAAUAAUCUCUGCAUGUUUUCUGGAAGAGCACACCUGUUCCCAUGUAACUGCAUGUUUUGACAGAUCAAUCUAAGUUUUUUCUAGUAUUUCUAAAGAGUAUAAACUGAUGAUGUGUGAAUAUUAAAAUCCAAUAAAAUAUCUUUUGUUAAUAA